AUAUUUUUCAUUUAAUAAUUCUCAUACUUGGCUGAAUCGCUGAAUCAGACUUGCGUUGUGGCAUUGAGAAAGCACUGUCAAUUGCAAUAAAAUUUGGAGUCACCAACAGAGUUUGUUAUUGUGCAUUCCCAGAUAAGGGUUUUAUAAUUUUAAAUAAUUGUGUUAAGAAGGAAUAAAAGUUAAUCAGCACUUGCUUCAAAUAUAUUGUAUGCAAUGCUAUGCAUGGAAUAAUUUAUCGCAUUUAAUGUUGUGUUGUAUUAUAUUUUGUUUUAUAUCUAGUGAGUUUUCUAAAUAUUUGAUUACAAUGGAAUUUGAUCUUGGUAUUGAUGAAAAUGAACACAAGAACAUAAUGAUGAUGAAACUUGAUGAUUUGAGAAUAAAGAAACGCCAUUCUGAUCUCACAAUCAAAGUAGGAAGUGAAAAGUUCCUGGUUCACAAGAACAUGAUGUCAGCUGGUUCUGAUUACUUCCAUGCGAUGUUGUCACAUGAUAACUUGGAGACUAACACAGGAAUUGUUGACAUGCAAGAUGUUGAUGUGGAAUCGGUAAAAAUUUGCAUUGAUUACAUUUACACUGGAAAAGCUUCAAUUACUUUGGAAAAAAGUGAACAACUACUCCGUGUUGCAACUUUGAUGCAGUUAUCAGUACUUUGUGAGAAGAUAGCUGAAUUUCUGAAAGCUCACAUAAAUUCGAAAUCCUUCUUUAACAUUAAACAACUUGCAACAUUGUUUGAUAAUGCCAAUUUGGAAACAAUCUGCGACAAUUAUGCUGUAUCAAACAUGGGCGCAAUCAUGCUAGAAAACGAAUUUAAACUUCUUGAUAUGGACUAUAUUUUGUUCCUAAUAAGUACCAAGAAUCAGUCAUAUUCCGAAGAUUCUAAGCUUGCGGCAUUGUUGAUCUGGGUCAAAGCAGAUGUUGAGAACCGACGUGAGAACUUCGUUACAAUGUUGCAGCAGCUUAAUCAGCAUAAUAUUUCAUCAAAUUACAUUAGAUAUCUCACUGAAAAUGAGAGUUUAUGCUUUGAAUCAGCAGAGUGCAUGAAACUGUUUGUAACGAUUAUGGUGAGUGAGUCGACAAGUAUUCCUACCAGUGUCCCGCAACACUCAAAUUCGAUACGAAAUGCUCUAGCGGUUUUCGAUAAAUCAUCCUCAACACUGCGUACAUAUAAACCUGCAGAAAAUAAGUGGGCAGAAUUUUGCAAACUUGAGGCUGAUAGAGUGACAGGAAAUUUUACUUCUGUCUUGUUGCAUGAUUACUUAUACUUAAUCAAACAGGAUCGCAAAGUUUACAGAAUUAAUAUGAAUAAGGAGGAUUCGUCUUGGGAUAAACUUGCAAGUUUAAUAGGAAACCAUGGAGGUUUCAUUACUGCAACUGUUCAUAACGGUGUUGUUUACGUCGGAGGUGAGAAUGCGAUAGAGCAAUACAGCUACAGAAGAAACGAAUGGAUCGAACUUCUGAAAUACGAUGUUGUGAGAACACAGUACACUUUGAUUGGAAGCCUGGAUCAUAUAUAUUGUUUGGGUGGCCACUCGAAAGUAAGUCUGAAAAAUGUAACGAAGUACUGUACUGAGACAGGUAUUUGGUCAUCAGUGAAUCCCAUGAGGUUUGCAAGACGAACUCCUGCUGUUGCUGUAUACGCAGAUAGUCUUUAUGCAGCGGGUGGAUAUAAUGAGGGUAGAGUAACUCAUACAGAAUGUUUUGAUUUGAAAACACAGACAUGGGUUACUCUGAAACCAAUGACUAUUCCCCGUACCUGCUUUCGACUCUGUGUUAUUGGAAGUGAAUUGUUUGCAGUUGGAGGGGAAGAAACAGGCACUAACUCAAUUGAAAAGUUCAGUUUGUCAGAGAAGACAUGGCAUCAUGUAACAAAUCCUACUGGAAUGGAUAUAAGAUCAAUGGCAACAGAAUCAGUGCGGAUUAAUGAUUGAGAUUUAAAACUUGAAGCGUUUUCUGACUGGCUUUCAGUAUAAUGACCUGAUUUCUGAUAUUUGCCUAAAAUGUGGAAAGACGCCUGAUGGGUAUUCUUCAAAGAAAACUUUUUUCAUUGCAUUCAUCAGAAAAUCUGAUUUCAUUCACAUUAGCGCUGAACGAACUUCAUUCGGCGUGAACCAUGAGUCCGGUUAAAGUGCAAUGGCCAGAGCAUAAAAGUUUGACCUUAUCUAUCAUCUAUUCAUGGUUAUUUAUGGUGAAUUGUUUUUUGAUAUGGUCUUUCAAUUCUUAAAUGCACGACGGUUGGUGCAUCGCGCUUGCUAUCGCAUAUUGGUCCUCUGCGUUUUGUCACUUUUGUGUUUGUUCGUUUGUUGUUUUCUUGUUUUAUAGCAGAGCGACCGAAAUAAAAUUGAUUGAUUGAUUGAUCUGUUGACCCUGCGUGAAUCUGCAGGUUUAAAUCCUGUGGGGAUAAUUAACUCCUUGCCACUGUAGGGUGGUUCACGUAGCCGCUGGUCAGUUACGAUUUCCUCUGCCAUCAAGUUCAUGCCUAAUUAGUGUCCACUAGAUACAAUUAAAUUGUAAAAACAUGCACUAAUUUUAACUUUUUUACCAGGGAAAUUCUGCAUUCAAUUUGUAUUUUCUUUUCUUUAUUCUUAUUAAUUGUAACUGUUCAUUCAUUGCGUUAUACUUUUAUAAUGUAGAAUUGCCUAAGGAAUUCAGUUUAAUCAUGAUAAGAAUUUGAUGAAAACUGGAUUCACAUAACUUAUAGAAUAGGGAUACAGAGUGUUUGGGGGUGCCAUGUAAUGUUGCAAAAACAUACAAUAUUUAGGUGAUAAAACAAUUUGUAAUUAGACCGGCCUUACUUCAAUCGUACUAUAAGUGAAUUGUAUAGUAUUUCCAUAUAAGAUUUGCGAUAGCAUUGAUAUUGCUUUUUGAUUCUUAUAUUCAAACGAAUCCAUGUUUUUAUACAUGAAAUGGAGUAUAAGAAACCGCUUUAGUCCUGACAUAAAGCUCAUAACUGGGCAAUGCCAAUCGAAGAUUAUAAGAUUUGCGGAAAACAUGUAACAGCAAGUUCCUCACUGCUGCAGAUGUAUGGGCAUAUUCAAUAGAUAAAUAGGCAAAUCUUCUUUGCUUCCAUAUUUAGAAUAGUGAGAGACCCAUUUAGUAAAAAUGUGCCAUGCCUGUUCUAAAAUAUAUAAUUUUAAACAACACUAUCACUGAACUGACAAUUUUAUUGUUCGUGAUAGCAGCUAAAUGCAGUUUAUAUCACAGAUGCGAGUUUAUCAAAUCAAAAAAAUACCGAUAAUAUAAUCAUUUUAGGUGAAUGAACACGUACCACCACUUCAUGGCAAAGCCUUCCAUAUUAUAUUCUGUAUGUUUUAAAAAUAUAUCUAUGGUUUUGUUUGCUCCUGAUUUCAUAAUCAGUUUUUAUUGAUUUAUUUUUAUCGAUCAUUUCAUUGCCUUUCAUGCUGAUUAUAGAGUGGAACUAAACUUAUACUCAUUUAAAAAAAUAUUUUCCA